AUGACUUCUGCCUCCUCUCUCAGCCAUCUGGCAGUAAAAAAACCCAGGCUUUUAACAGGUUGCAGAAAGCCAUGGAGCUGGUGGGAGAGCUGGGCACGAGGCUCUGGCACAGGGCUGGAGGCAGUGCCAGGGUCAGGACAGCGCACGGUGAGGAUUCUGGAGGUGACAACUGGAAGGUCACCGCAGGGACUGGCCACUCAGCACCUCCUGCCCUCCAGCCCACGGCCACCAGCCGUCUCCUCCAUCCCAGUGCUCCCUAAACCCUCCGAGGCUGCCCUGGGGAGCACCCGGCAGGCUUUGGGGAUAAAGGAUCCCCCUGAGCGCGGGGUGCAGGAGCUCGGCAAGCGCAGCAGCAACGCCGGCAAGCGCCAACACGGAGGGACAAAGCAGCUGCCAGGGGGACAAGGGGGGGCAAAACCAACUUACAUCAAGCUGGGCUGCGCUGGUUCACGCUGGGAAAGCCCGUCCCAGCCGCCCAGGCUGCCCUGGCACACAUGGUGCCCUCUCCUCCUCCUCGAAACGCUUCAUCUGCGCCCGGGACUUCCUGGGAGGAGCCGCGGAGGCUGCGGGAAGGCAGGAUCGAGCUACGGCACUGAUGGGGGGAAGCGUACCGGGGAAAAGGAGGGCUCGGGUGGCUCUCUGGAUCACCGGGGUGAAGGGGGAGAGAGAGGGCUUUUGGAGGCUCAGAACCAGCGCUGCCAGAGGAUUUUGGCUGCCUGGAAAAAUAUCCCGGAGGAAAAAGUGAGCCACGGGGAAAGGAAGCAGCUCCAUCCUCUGUGGCAAAGGUUCCCAACCCUGACCUGCCAUCUGAGGCACCCCUGAGGUGACUAAGCAGGAGGGAAUGUCUGGGCGGGCAGAUGCAAACUCUUUGUUUUCUAAACUUCUGUCCGAAACCAACAGAUGGAAGGAAAAGUGUAAGAGUGUAG